AUGAGAAGUCUGGUUUGGGCCGAGAAGUAUAGACCUCAAAAGUACACAGACCUGGUGUUUAAGGGGGGUGUUCAUCAUGAAGCCCUCAAGUGGCUAAGAGAUUAUCCCAAUCAUGGAAGGAUUCUUCUAAUCAAUGGACCUCCUGGAACCGGCAAGACAUCAUUAGUGCAUAUUCUUUCGUCUGUAUUUGGACUGAAUCUUAUUGAAUUUAAUGCCUCCAACGGCUCUGGCUGUGUAGAUAAAAUACUAAAUGUCUAUGGGACCGUUAAUGGAAAGAAGAAUCUUAUACUUAUCGAUGAGAUAGAUAGUCUCCCAUCAGUAGAUGUGGAGACGCUGAUAUCCUCUACAAAGUUGAUUUAUCCUGUUGUAAUGAUAUCCAACGAAAUGCAUCUGGAGGAUGUUUAUACUAUGGAAAUCAAGAGACCAGGGAUUGAGGAGGUUAGAAAAUGUAUAGAGAGGGUCUGCAAGGAAGAGAUGGUAAAUGUUGACAACUCUGCUUUAUCGCAACUGGUAGAAGACUCUGAUGGGGACUUUAGAGCAAUAAUAAACUAUCUUCAAAUACAUAAGCAGGGACUGACAAACUCAAAAGAUCUAAGGAUUGGAAAGUCAGUCCCAAUAACGAGACACAGGGCGGUGGAACUCAUCCUAACCAAACAUGUGAGGUGGAAGACAUACGAAGAUGUAUAUUCCACCGAUGUGUUAUCUCUAUGCCAUAGCUCAUUUCCGUAUAAUACCAGCCUAAUGAGAUUGAUUGCAGACAUAAGUGAAAGCACGUCUCUUGCAGACACUCUUGCCGAAGAGUUCAGGUACAUGACUCUAUCGAAGUACAAUGGAUGCAAUAGCAGGAAGGCCGAUAUACACAGAGUGGAGCAUUACAGGGAGCCUAUACAUGAUCUUGCAAAAGAGAGAAUUCUCCCCUACUUUAGGAAGUAUGAUCUAAACAGAACAGAUAGAAGAAGUUUAAGUCAUUUGAAAGAGAUAAUGGAAAUGUACAGCAUUACGGAUGUGAAACUUAAAGAAGAAGAUAGAAUGGAAGACAGCAUAAGCAAGGGCUCCAGGAAAUUCAAGUUCAGAUACAAGCCUGGGUGUUCAUCAGCAUUCAGGAGAGAUGUGACAAUGGACGAUGUCAUGGAUUGGUUCUUUAGGUCCUAG